AUGAGUGGCGACAACAAAGGUGACAAGAUCAAAUUCAUCAUCUUCAAGAUCUCGGACAACAAGAAGGAGGUUGUCAUCGAUGAGGUCUCGCAUGACCCGGAUUAUGAGGUCUUCCGUACCCGCCUCGACAACACUCGCGAUGCCAACGACAACCCCAUGCCUCGUUAUGCUGUCUAUGAUGUCGAGUACGAUCUCGGUGGUGGCGAAGGCAAGAGGAGCAAGAUCAUCUUCAUUUCUUGGGUUCCCAGCAACACCCCCACUCUCUGGUCUAUGAUUUAUGCCAGCACCCGGGAACACCUGAAGAACGCCCUCAACAUCCACACUUCUAUCCAUGCUGACGACAAGGGCGAUAUUGAAUGGAAGACUGUUCUGGCUGAAGCCAGCGGUGGCAAGGCUGGCAAAUAA